UGAACACGUUUACUAUCUGGCAUUGACCUACGAACUACCUAUGAAAAUGGCUAUCCGUCAAUGGGCCUUUUCAUUUUCCCUCGCAUGCCUCAUCGCUUCUUUUGCACCUGUGAAGGCAGCCCAGGACCCAACGUUAUAUCCCAACUACCGUCCUAUAAGAGAUAACUUGCUUUGGAGCAGGAGCAUACAUAGUCUGGAACCUAGUGCAAAGGACGUAUUGAAGCCGUUCUUUAACUACAAAUUCUACUUGCCGGAGGAGCAGCUAAGAGCUGCCAUGGGCCAUGUUGGGUCUUCUAUUCGGCUUCGGAAGUUUGCCAUGGACCUUAUUCAGGGUUCACGGCCCCUGAAAAUCGGAGCCGUCGGCGGGAGCAUUACAUUCGGCACCGGCGCGUCAAAGAUACGCGAAACUGAUUGGUGGUCGGUUUUUGCCGAUUGGCUGGCAUCGUCUGCAAGAGGAAACAUAACUUCCCAGAACGGUGCUGUUUGUGGAACUCCAAGUGCUUACAUGGCCAUCUGCCUCGAGAACUCCCUCACGCCCGAUGUGGACCUCGUCUUCCUAGAGUACGCCUGGAACGACGCUUUUGAUGAUCAAAUAGUCAACAAUCGUCCUGUCGUAGACAUGGAGCGGCUCAUACGUCGUAUCCUCAACUUUCCAAGCCGGCCUGCUGUGGUACUAAUGCAAGUAGCCCUUGUUACCGACCAAUUGGCAGCAGCCGGACCAUUUUACCGAACAGUUGAGGAUGUUGAGAGUGUCCUGGCUUCGUACUACGACCUCUCCUACCUCUCAAACCGCAACGGGCUUUACCAGCUGGCAGUGCACACUCCAACCGCUGGCUUCACAUUCCCCGAUGUCUUUGUCGACCAUCACCCCGGGGACACGGGCCACAAGAUAAUGGCAGACAUUGGGGCGUACAUGAUACAGAAUGCCAUCCUCAGUGUGUUGCUAUCUCCGUUGUCUACAACAGAGUGGACUCGCCUGGGUGAACCGUUGAUCCCGCCCAUGUACCCCAACAACGAGGUGCCACCCGGGGUGGUGUGCACAUCUGGGGACCCGCUGAAGAAGCUCGUGGUUGCUUCCGACGGCUGGGAGUGGAAGAAUGAGGGCACGGACAUCAAACCCAAGUGGGGCUAUGUUUCCUACGCUCCCGGCAGCAAGCUGGUACUCCGUGUGGGCACCGAACGCCCAUCUGUCAGGCCAGCUUCACGCAUCCCUGUCUUGAUCCACUACCUUGGGUCGUAUGAGUUCAUGGGAACCGUGCUGGUAACGUGCCAGUCUGGCUGCACGUGCAACCCAAGGGAGAUCGACGGGACAAUUGCACGGCGCGUCUCGCAGACCUUUUUUGCGCAGGUGGAGGCUUCUCAGGCAGAGGUUUGCGACAUUGUAAUUACACUGCUUGACAAGACGACCAGUAAUGGGCAUCACUUCAAGGUUUCGGGCAUCGUCGUCAGCGACACCGACAGUAUCAACUCCGUUUUCCAUCGAGAGAAGCACCUGAUGAACAAUGAUGGCCAUCCCACCAGCUUCAACCUCUUGCGCCAGCAGUAUGGGUAGAGGGCGAUGAUACCUUCGCAUAUCUUGGAACUGGCUUUAACUCGUAUGGUGCCAUACGUCGGACAUUUAUGUUUUGGGGAUGUCGUUCACUGCGUAACUCGCCUUUCGCACUCCUGAUUUAAUAGAUUGAGCCCUCUACCGUAUACGUAACGAAUAAGUCGCUGGGCGGGCACUGGCGAACCGAUGUAAAUUCCCAGCAUUUCCACAGUCAUGUGGACACCCGUUCAAGAAGCUGGACGUGUCGUAUUAGGUCAGGUUGUGCUCCGUUGGUGGCUUGUGCAUUUCGUGGGCAAAUAUUGUUCUUGGCUUGUGCACGUGUACGUGAUCUGGUAUGUAUGCUUGGGACUGUGGCUUUGUGCUCGUGGUGUGGUUCGUUCGCGGUUUGGUUGGUACAUCGUAUCUGGCAUCGGGGCCGUACAGCCGUCAGUGCUCUCAGGCCCCACAGCCCCCAGACUCGCAAUAUAUGGAUGUAGGACUGUGGUUGUUGCCCUUGCAUGCGCAUUGUAAGCGCUGCCAUUGUUACUGGUUGGGUGAUCGAUGGUCUUACCAGGAUGGUCUACCCUUCUGACCUGUGACUGACCUGAUGGAUGGGACAGAUGGAUGUGGUUGACCUGAUGGAUGGAUGGGACAGCGGCCACCGGUUGGCAAUGUAAUAAUGCUGAUCACA